GUCUUUCUCAUAGCCUGCGUGUCGUCGUGGUUGGCACAGCUGGCACAGGGACACCUCGGGGAUAACAUGGUGCAUGACACGGGGCUGCCAACGUGUCAUGCAGUCCUUCACCAGGCGACGCAUCCGCCCAUAGCCGCCCCGAUGCCCCCGGAUGUUAGAGGGAAGUGGGUGUCGACAAGCUGCGAGACCCGGCCCGGCCCCCAGUACGUCCUCCGCGCCUACAGCUUCCACCGGGAUGGCACCUUCCACUUGGCACUCCACUUCUACCGCGACCCCCACUGCGCCCACCCCGCCCACUCCCUCGCCGCCCACGGUCACCUCGCCCUCGGCCGCCCCUCGUGGGUCACGCCCGGAGGCACGGAGGCGGAGUAUACGCUCAGCAGAGUCGAGGUCGUCGCCCACACCCACCGCGACGCCGCCGCUGGUGGCCCGCCGCCGUCAACGCCUCCUGCCCGGGCAAGGUCACGAAGCCGUGGAAACCCCACAAACCCCACACCAUCCUGGCCUACACGGAGACCGGAAACCACGUGACCGAGGACGAGGAUUGUGGGCGUGGCCUCGGAGGGGCGUGGCACGAGCUCCAGCUGCUGAGGGUGGAGGAGACGUCCCCGCUGAGGGCCAAGAAGGACCCCGGCUCUCCUUUAAGGAUGCGGAAACAGCUGUUUUUGGGGGAUAUUCACACCGAUGUGAACAAGCAGGAUAUUUAUAGGCCUACCGGGUACCAGGAGCCGCUUCUCAAUACGAAAUAU